AUGAAGCAUUUUACAUCUGUCAUUCUCUUCUUAAUUUUCGCUUCUAUUGGAGUGACCACUGGUGCUAUCGUACCGGGAGUUUAUUUUGACCGAAUUGUCUUAGUCAUAUUAGAAAACACCGGAUUUACUGCAGCGUAUGCUCAAUCUUAUUUGAAAAAUAUAACCACCCGCAGUAAUGACAAUAACAAUCACAAUGUUCCCGGAAUCAAUAUAGUUGACCGUCUUGAAGCUAGAGGUGUCUCUUGGAAAGCUUAUAUGGAAGACUAUC